UGCUCAUAACAUUACUCACAACAUGGCACCUGCUGGCGGGGGUGUUGUGCUGGCGGCUCUGUCGCUGCUGUACUUAUGCGGAGCUAUUUUAUCCAGCGAGUAUUUCUCCACCUUGACUUUUUUCAACAGCGACCUUCACAAGCACGGCUGCAGCUCUCCGGCCGAGUGGGAGGAGUAUGCGGCGGACUGCGAGUCAGCUAUCCUGCAGUUGGAGGAUCCGGACUGUGAAGAGGGGAGCAACCCGCCCUGCGAGUCCAUCUUUUCACUCAAUGCAGAGAAAAUCCUUAAUCAGGCAAAGUUGUUUGUCGAACAGCGUCGGUUUCCUUUCGCUGUGGAAAACCAAAAUACCAAUGAAGAACUUGCCAUUGGCUAUGUUCUCAUUGGAAAUGGCCUGUAUGAUGAAGCUAUCAAGCACUUCUCAUUACUGCUACAGGGAGAUCCUGAGCUGGUCAGUGCCAUCUAUGGACGGGGAAUAGCCUACGGCAAAAAGAGUCUGCAGGACAUAAAGAAUGCAGACUUGGCUCUGUAUGAGUUGAGCAGAGUUAUUGCACUGGAGCCCAGCAGACCAGAAGUAUACGAGCAGAGGGCCGAGAUUCUGUCUCCUCUGGGCCGCAUCAGUGAAGCUCUGUCUGAUCUGACUAAAGCCAUACAACUGCAGCCUUCAGCCCGACUCUACAGACACAGAGGAACACUGCUCUUCAUAUCAGAGGAUUAUAUGGCAGCCAUGGAGGAUUUCCAGCAGUCUCUAGAGCUGAAGAAGAACCAGCCCAUCGCUAUGCUCUAUAAAGGCCUGACCUUCUUCCACAGGGGCCUCCUUAAGGAGGCUAUAGAGGUGUUUAAAGAAGCUCUCAAAUUGAAGUCAGACUUCAUAGAUGCAUAUAAAAGCUUGGGUCAGGCUUACAGGGAGUUGGGUGAUUUUGAGAAUGCUAUGGAGAGCUUCCAGAAAGCUCUGUUACUGGAUCAGAACCACAUCCAGUCUCUCCAGCUCAGAGGAAUGAUGCUGUACCAUCACGGCAGCCUGCAGGAGGCCAUUGGCAACUUUAAGAGAUGUCUGCAGCUGGAGCCCUAUAAUGAAGUGUGUCAGUACAUGAAGGGUCUCAGUCAUGUGGCCAUGGGCCAGUUCUACGAAGGCAUUAAAGCUCAGACUAAAGUCAUGCUCAACGACCCUCUCUUGGGACAGAAAGCCAGCUCCGAGUAUCUCAAAGUCAAAUAUCUCAGAGAAUACUCCCGUUAUCUACACUCUCAUCUGGAUGUACCUGUUGUGGAGUAUAAUGUUGAUCAGGAUUUGCCUGGAAACUUUAAAAACCACUGGGCAAAAAAUCUUCCCUUCCUCAUCGAGGAUUAUGAAGAACAGCCUGGACUUCAGCCUCAUAUUAAAGAUGUUCUACCUCAGAACUUUGACAGUUACUCUGCUGAAGUCCAGAAGCUGAUCUGUACAGCGGAUCGCCUCGGCGCACUGAUGCAGUACGACACUUUAGGGUUCUUACCAAACCUCAGAGUACACAGAGCAAUGGGCUUGGCCACCAUAGAGGUGAUGCAGGCCAUGCAGCGCACCUGGAGUAACUCGAAGGUCCGAGUCAACGGAAAGACCAGACAGCUGCAGUGGAGAGACAUGUUUGACAUCGCAGUGAAAUGGAGAAGGAUUGCAGAUCCAGACCAGCCUGUGCUGUGGUUGGAACAGAUGCCUGCCAGGAGUCUUAGCAGAGGAUUUAACAACCACAUUAACCUCAUCAGAGGCCAGAUCAUUAAUAUCAGAUAUCUGGAGUAUUUCAGUAGUAUUCUCAGCUUUGUGAAGGAAAGAAUACUGGUUUAUCAUGGGGCGUAUAACCAGCGGGCGCUUCAGGAAGUAAAGCAGGCUCUGGAAAAUGUGAAUAAAGUGGAGGAUCUGCUGCCCAUCAUGAAGCAGUUCAACAGUAAAACCAGAGACGGCUUCACAGUUAACUCUAAAGUGCCCAGUCUGAAGGAUCCUGGGAAAGAAUACGACGGAUUCACCAUCACCAUCACCGGAGAUCGAGUGGGGAACAUGCUGUUUUCAGUAGAGACUCAGACCACAGAUGAGAGGACGCAGCAGUAUCAGUCAGAAAUUGAAGCGCUCUAUAAAGAUCUCACUGCCAAAGGCAAAACACUGAUGCUCUCCACUGAACUCGGGGACGCAGAUACUGUGUGUAAUUUAAUUCUUUCUCUGGUGUAUUACUUCUGUAACCUCAUGCCACUCUCCAGAGGCUCCAGUGUUGUGGCGUACUCUGUGGUCAUGGGAGCUCUGAUGGCCAGCGGGAAAGAGGUGCUGGGCCGAAUCCCAUCCGGAAAGCUGUUUGAUUUCGAGGCCAUGACUACAGCCAGCCCUGAUCGCUUCAGCAAGACCGUCAAGAGUUGGAUAAACUUAAAGAGUUUGCCGAGUUGGUACCAGAACCUUCCAUCGGUUUCAGAGACGUUCCAGUUAACGAGGACCAUGAUUGAAGUUCUUAACACAGACUCGUCUUCGCACUGUCCCAAGAAAUCCUGAUCUUGAAAUACCAUCAAGAUAUUCAAAACACAAAGGGCCGUCUCUACUCAGGGCAUCUUUGCUCACAGUCCUCACUUUUACAUGGUUUUUACAUAUCGAAUAUCAGAACAAAUUCUCUUUGAUUUUAGCUUUUAUAUUUCCACAAAUAUGGAGAAGAGAGUUGACUCUUUAUUUAAAUUUUAAAUUAAAUGUAAAUUUGGGUUGCACUUUAUUAUGUCACUAAAGUUCAGCAAUUGCAAGCAUAAUCUGAGUUGG